AUGGAAUCUGCGGUUGACCAGCAGUAUUUUGCCAAUAAUAUAAGUAAAUCCCUCAAAAGGCUACCGCGUUGGUAUCAAAUAGGGGCUUUAUGUGGGGUUUUGAUUGUUAUCUACCUGCACGACACCUUUUUCAUUAGCUGGCUGGUGAUGAAUCUUCACAAUUCGCUCGGCACCGCGUGGAUUUGGUACCCGGAGUAUCAAACGGUUCUCACCCAUUUGUCCUUUAAGGAACGCCUGUGUUUUACCCUAUACGGGGUUGGUCUCGGGAUUAUUGUGGUGCUGCUGUAUAAAGUUUUUUGCCAGGAAAGGUUCAAAAUAGGCUCCCCUCUCGUCCAGCUCUUCCCCGAUCGAAAAGGCUUGACGGUUCUGAUGUGCGUUUUACUGUGCUUAAUCGAAAUGCUUCGCAUGCAAGAGGUGAUAACCGAGUGCUUCACCGAGGCCACCUCCAUCGCGAGCAUCGCCCUCAAAGAGCUCGGAAAGGGGAAAUCCAACCAUUCCAGGUCGAAGUACGGUCUCCAUUUCGUGAUUCAGAUGGAACUACUCGGGGCGUUUCUUUUCCGCGUGCUUCCCGGCCAACUUAUGGCCAUGCUAAUCGCGAUGGCGUAUCGGUUGUUUCGGGAUAUCCCGCUGAAAAUUCACGUCGCGGUGCGGUGGUAUAUGGUAACGCUGACGGUGGUCUACGCCGUUUGGACUGUCGUUUCCGCCGUAUUUUCGCGCACCAAACCCACCCCCUCGUCGUGGGCGAUGAUAGGGUGGUCGGCGUUUUUUUUAGGCACCGUCAACUACCUUUACGGCCCAUUACGACGGGCCGGGAUGGUGGUGGCCAUAUCCUCCUCCUGCACAAUAACGAAAACCAUUCGCGGCCUGGUGAUGUGCAUGGCCCUGCGCAGCAUCAUCUCCUUACUUGCCCUUACCCUCCUCGUGAGCGUUCAUGUCGUGGAGCUUAUUACGAUUUGGUUUAUGGUUAUGCUGCUUAUGCUUUGGGUGCCGGCUAUUGUGGAUUCUUGCUCGUUGGAGGGCAUCGUCUUCGUGACCGGGCUGUUUAGCAUCUUGCUCUAUCUUAUGAAUUUAAUUUCCACCACGGCUGCCUUUCGUCUAGGGUUAAUGGUGGCGCUCGGGUGGCUGAAUGCCGCUCUUUUGUAUAACUUGACCGUCAACACAUUUCAUACGCGGUACGCUGGGAUCGGCGUCAUGCUGUGGCUGCUCCUGUGGUUAGUUUCCUAUCGCAAAAAUCUAACACCACCUUUUGGAAGGAACCUUCAUAAGGAUUUUGCGAUUACCAAUGUAUUGGAUCUAGAAUCGCUCAGCGCGAAACAGGUCGACGAGGCCGUCAAUGCGACGAUGCCAGUGAUGGAUACCAUUUUAGGUCGGAAAAUACAAUGGAUGUGCGAUGUGGCUGAACUGCGUGUACCCCUUGAUAAACCGGUUAUCUGGAUAAGUCGAUUCACAGAAAGCAACAAGGGAAGUGGGACCUUUUAUUAUGUUAUUUUUCAAAAUCUAUGCACUCUCAUCGUUCUUGUUUUUUUGUUAACCCUUUUGAAGGUCUUCCAAGGCCCUGAAGUGCGGUCUGGUCUGCAUCAAGCGGAGCUAUUCCUCGUUAACACCGGAUUCCUUAUUCGCAAGAUCGCACGGUCGAUCGUAACCACGUUUUGUGUAUUUUCCUUUUUUGCGUCGUGGUGGACGCUUCACCACUUUAUUUUGCCUUACUUCGCCCCAAUUAUGCCUAGCAUGGUUUCCCACGUUAUUUCCGGAGUUUUUGGGUGCAUUACCCUGGGUGCUUUGAUGGACAUGAAGGAUACGAUGUACGAGGGGAUACUGCAGAUUCUCGGUUUGAUUGACCCAGUGGAGUACACUGAAGAGAACAGUUCGUAG